ACCGCAUCCGGAUCGGCGACUUCCAUUCCAUUCCAUCCACACCUAGACGACGACGAGGAGGGGGAGGAGACGAGCGGAGCAAGCAUCAAGGUAAAGAAGAAGAAGAAGAAGAUCCAGGAGACAGAAGAUCCAUCCACCCCGCUGCCGACCGAUCUGACGAUAUGGUCUGCGUCGCGUGCCUGCUGCCCCUCUUCCUGAUCCCGGUGGUCAACGCCCUCCCCUACCUCUUCGAUCUCAUCCUCAGAAAGGUGUAUCGGCUAUUUGGAUGGGAAUACAGGAGACCUGAGAGAGCCCCACCUGCCUGUCCUUACAAACCUGCUGCUCAGAAGAACGAUGAAGGUGCGAGUGAAUCAAAACCCCUGGUUGAACCCCACGGUGCUGCUGCAGAAGAUAAAAAAGAGGAAUAAUGCGUGUAUUCACUUUCUGCUCGGGUCAUGUUAACUGAUGCUGCCUUAAAUAGAGAGCAUCCCUCUGUAUCUGUCAACAUUUGGUAACUAAGAAAUAAUUGUUGUGAUGAAUAUAUAUUCGGAUAAUUGGUUGAUGCAUGUAAUUGUAAUCUGCUCCCACCUGCCCUUACUUUUA